AGAGCCCAGUUGCUUAGCGACAGUGUACCUUUAGCUAGCUAGCUAGCUAGGCGACAUGCUAACACAUGGGUUAUGUCCCAUUAAAAUAAUAAAAACAGCGUUUAAAUGCCACCAAAAAGAAAAGGACCAUUGCAGCUUGUCCAGAGAGAUGUGGACGAAAUAAAAAAACAGGUUGACAGUCUGGUGAAAGACAAGCACCAACAGGAUGGAUCCACUGAAGAGGCAUUUCGGAGAUGUCAAGAAUUGCAGAUGUCAGCAGAGAAGACACUAAGGACGCUGCAGAAACUGACCAAAGCUGAUGAGUUGGCUCCAGUGGGAAACUAUGAUCAGAGGAAGCAGGAAGAGGAGAGGCGACUGCAGAACAUCCUGGAGCGUAUAAACAACCUCUCUUUGGAGCUUUCGCCACCAGGACCCAGUACUGCUGCACGCGACGUUUCAAAGGAAGAGAGUGAGGAUGAUGAAGACGAUGACGAAGACAGUAACGAUGACGAUGUUGAUGAUGAUGAAAAUAAGAAGCGAGCUGCAAAACUGCCUCCUCAGUCAGACCCUCGCAUCUACACAGUCCUCAGUGAUUUCAAAGGAGAGCAGGAGGGAGAUCUGUCUGUUCAGAGGGGGGAGAUAUUGAGGAUAAUCAGGAUGACGGCAGAUGGAUGGUGGCUGGCUCAAGACACUAAAGGCAACAGAGGAGUGGUUCCAAAAACCUACCUGAAGAUUGGCUCUGGUGUUGAUGAUGAUGAGGAUGAGGAUGUAGAUGACAGCGAUAAUGAAAAUGACGACGAUGAUGACGAAAGUGAAGAGGUGGAGAAGGAAGAGCAAGAUAGUGAAGAUUUAACUGAUGACAGAGAGAAAAACAGCCAUACCUCACAUUCCAACUGGUGUACAGUCAGAAAGGCUUUGACUGAGAUUGAUGCAACAGAUGUGCUCUCUGCCAUGGGGGCUAUACCUUCAGGAUUCAGACCAUCAACUCUCAAUAAACUGCUGGUGGAGGAAGGUGUAACUUACAAAGGAAGUCACUAUAUUCAGCCUGAGCUCAGCCAAUCACAGCUCUCCUUUAGUGACCUCUUUCUGGACCCAGACACUGGCAGGGUUCGUGCUCGGCAGGUGAGGUCGUGUGUUUGUUUCACUUUGUGGAGCUGCAGGAUGAUUCCUACUCCUGGGAUUGGAGUUCAGGUCCUCAGCAGACACAUCCGCCUCUGUGCCUUUGAUGGAACUCAGGUGUUGAGUAACAUCCACACAGUGAGGGCGAACUACAACCCUAAGAGCCCCAAGAUGUGGAGCUUCUCUCCAAGGAUGACAGGUAUCUUACCCACCCUCCUAGAUGGAGACUGUUUUCUACGCUGCAACUCUGCAUCUCCGGACCUCGGCAUCCUUUUUGAACUAGGAGUCACCUUUUUGCGGAACUCCACAGGGGAGAGAGGAGACCUGAGCUGUGGCUGGGCUUUUCUCAAGCUGACAGAUGACACUGGAAAUCCCCUCCCCAACAGGACCUAUGAGCUGCCAGUCAAUGGUGGCACUCCCUAUGAGAAGGAUGUCGCAGUGGAGGCUUCAGCCACUAGAGGAUCUCCAGCUGGUGUUUUCCAGCAGAUGCUUCAGGCCAGACGGGAGCCCAAACUGAUCAUAAAGUUGAAAUCAGCCAACAGCCGGACCAGAACGCAACUCAGUCUCCUUCCAGAGACACUGCUGCACUGUCUGAGCUGCGUCCACCUGCUGGCUUUACACAGGCAGUUGCUAGCUGACACACUACUGAUGGACAGGCCUACCAUGCAGAACGCAGAUCUGAUAGGCAGUCCUAUACUUUCUACCUUCCCUGUGUUGUUGGACGAACCAGAUGUGCUGGAUGCUCUCCGGAGUGCCUGGCUGGAUGCUGAGACCAACAUGAGCAGAGCACAGAAGAGAGACUUGUCCUAUGUAAAACAGGAGUUUGUUAAAGUCUACAUGUCGUCUGUCUAUUUCCUCCUCCACUCGCCCUCGAUGCCCUGUCAUCGCUGGGCUGACCCGCCCUCAGAGGAGCAGCGGGCCAGAGUCAUCUACGCCACCCUGGACGCUCUCAAGCACACCCACCACACCACCGGGCAAUCUGGAGGCCCAGAGGUCUUUGUUGACCCCAUGCAUCAGCAUCUUGCCUUUGAUGUUACAGAAUUGACUUUUGACCUCCUCCGUGUUGUGCGGUAACUAAAUAGCUCAAAGGGAAGGUACACUUUGAAGCUGUCAUCAUUUUUAAAAGAAAAAGUAAAACCCUUCAAUGUGCCAUAAAUACAUUUUGGACAUACAUUUGUUAACUUAAAGGAUAUUUCAUUGUUGCUGUCAAUAAAUCCUAUGGAAAGACAAAAAAAAAAUCCUUAGUCCAUUUUUCAA